AUGGGGGUCGGAACGGGGCAAGCGGAAGGCAGUCGCGGGCGGGGGAUGGUGGCGCGUGGAGGGAGAGGCGCAGGUGUGGUGCACGGGCAGGAAUGGAUGGGGGCGGGCGCGCAUGCGCGUGGGGAUGCGCGGAUGAGAGGAGGGAACGCUGGCAGGGGGUGGGACGUGGGUGGGGGAAUGGGGUACCUCAAUGGGCGGGUGAGUGGUGGAGAGGCAUUGGGAGCGGUGGGGGGCCAGCAGAGGCGUGUGGAUAGGGAGGAGUACGAAGGUGCAGCGAGGGGAAGGAGAGUGGCGAUGGCGUGGGGGUUGGAGGGCGACGAGGAAGGGGAUCGGUGGGAUCGGUGGGAUCGGGGGGGCGAGGAUUCACAUGCAAGGCAGCAGAUGGUGGGCUCAGCAGAUGGGAGAAUGCACCGCCUGCCGCAGCAGCAGCGUGAGUAUGAGCAGCAACGGCAGCAGGGGGGAGGGGGCGGCGAGGGGCAGUUUGGGGGUGUAGUGGGUGGCGGUGGAGUGGGUGGCGGUGGAGUGGGUGGCGGUGGAGUGGGUGGCGGUGGGGAGGAGCUUGGGCGCAGCGACGUGGGUGUGGGUGCGGACGGUGGGGGGCGUGGGGCAUGGGGGGAGUGGUACGGGGGGGAGGGUGGAGGAGCGGCAGAGGAGGAAUGGGAAGGAGAGGGAUGGGAGGAGUGGGGGGGAGAGGCAGGGGAGGAGUGGGGGGGAGAGGCAGGGGAGGAGUGGGGGGGAGAGGCAGGGGAGGGGGAGGAGGACUAUGAGCUGGGCUAUGCUGCUGGCCUCGCGGCUGCUCGUGAGGCCCUCCAACACGCCUCUACCGCCGCCACCACUACCGUCGCCACUGCUGGCGGUGCAGGAGUUGGUGCAGGCGGUGCAGGAGUUGGUGCUGGCGGGGCGGCUGUUGUGGGCGCUGCUUCCACGGGUGCGGUUGACGAGGGGGCAGCAGGCGGUGCUGCUGAGGCAGGCAUCGAUCUGAUGCUACCUCACCACCCGCCUGCUGCAGCACCACGGAGCGCAGCGGCUGCUCCUCACACAACGGAUGGGCCUCAUGUGCCCGCGGCAGCAGCGGCAGCGGCAGCGGCAGCAGGUGACAGCGCAGGCGAGCAGGAAGGGGCAGGCAGCGGCGGCGGUAGCAGCAGGCGGCGCGGCGGGGGAGGCGGGGGAGGGAGCAGGAGCGGGCGGCGCGUGCACGUGGACGUGAGUGUGAAGCGCGAGAUCUGUGAGCUGCGGAGCCUGCGCCCGGGCAUCACCGUGCCGGGCAUCAUACAUGUGUGCCGCGCCAAGUACCCGCACUUGCGCCUCACCCCCUCGCACGUGCGAGGCAUCCUCCACAACGCGCCCCACUGGAGCUCCUUGCUGGCGCAGCGCAGCAGCAAGUGUGUGCGUGCCCCUGAGAACAUGGCGCUGGAGGAGGCGCUGGUGGCGUGGGUGCGGGACAUGAAGGGCGGCCCCGGCGCCACCAAGGUGCAGCUGCAGGCCAUCUGCGCCAAGGGCCGCCAGCUGGGCCCCUCGUUUGGGGUCUCGCCCUCCUUCAGGUGCUGCUAG